AUGAAACUGCAGUUAAGUUUAGGUAAACCAUUGACAAAACCACUCAACUAUUCCCAACAUGUCACCAUGAUUGGGUGUAUAUCGGCGAGUGGUCGCCGUUUACCUCAUUACUCAAUUAUAAAGGCACCAAAGACAUCAAUUGGCAAUAUAACAAUUCAUACCCAAGGGAAUAUAAUAUUUAAUGAGUCAGGAUGGGUUGACACCAAACAAAAAGUAGAUUUCAUUAAGUAUUUUGGUGAUUCAAUAAACAGAGGUCUAACCAAACCUUAUCCAUUAACUGUUUUAUACUUGGACAAUCAUUCAUCAAACUUACAAGAAGAAGUUGCAGAUGCCUUGAAUGAAUAUAAUAUUCAUUAUUGGAAAUCGAUAAAAGCAUCUUAUUUGGAUGAAUUGGAAAAUAAUGACGAUAAAUCUUUAGCAUGUGUUUCCAAUACUUUAGUUAUAAAUGAAAAACCCUCUUCAACCCAAAUAGCAGAUGCAAGAAAGAUUGGGUUCCAAAUUAACAGUUUGGGUGUAGGAAAUACAAUAAAAAUAGAUGAAGCACCAAAAAAAAGAGGUAGACCAUCAAAGGUUACUAUUAAUUCAACUGUAAAUGUUUUAAAUGUCAAUAUCCAAAACAAUUUUAAUAUACCAAUUACCGACUUUUCAUCACCUGUGUUAAAACUUAACAAAAAUGGCCAACCAAGAAAAAAAUAUACUAAAAAAUUAAAGGCCAUUCAUGAUAGUACAAUAAAUCAACAGAAUUCAAACAAAAUCUCUGAAAUUGAUUAA